CACUCAGCCUCCCUCACUUCUCUUCAUCAGACAAGUGUCUCCUCUCGACUCACUCGUCUCCCCCGUUAUCACUGAACGGCCAAAAGAGAGAGGAGCAGCUCUUCAUCUCAGUUCAGGUCCUUCAGAUAUCCACUGAUGCCAGCGCACUGGGACAAGAGGAGGCAAAGGAAUAGCAGUGUGUCACAGCAAACUGGUGCCUCUCCUUUUAUAGGUUUUGUUGUUCGUAGCCUCAAGUGCUGCAGAUGGUCUCUGUCCACGGAGCAACACUGAACGUUAUAUACACAAGUCGCUCUCCUGUAUGCUCACAGGAUGCCUUUCGGAGGAGGAAACAAGUGCGGCUGCUGCCAGAAAACCGUCUACUUCGCUGAGGAAGUGCAGUGCGAGGGGAAGAGCUGGCAUAAAUCCUGUUUUCUGUGCAUGGUCUGCAAGAAGAACUUAGACAGCACAACAGUGGCUGUUCAUGUGGAUGAGAUCUACUGUAAAUCGUGUUAUGGCAAGAAAUACGGGCCAAAAGGCUACGGCUUCGGAGGAGGAGCCGGCACUCUGAGUAUGGAUACGGGAGAGGGCCUUGGAAUCAAGCCUGAAAUACAAGCUCCUCAUCGCCCCACAAACAAUCCCAACGCCUCCAAGUUUGCCCAGCAAGCAGGGGGCUCCGAUGUGUGUCCUCGAUGUGGCAGAACAGUAUACGCAGCGGAGAAGGUUAUCGGAGGAGGCAACUCCUGGCAUAAGGGAUGCUUUCGUUGUGCCAAAUGUGGCAAAGGACUUGAGUCCACGACCGUCGCUGAUCGAGACGGGGAGAUCUACUGUAAAGGUUGCUACGCAAAGAACUUUGGUCCCAAGGGGUUUGGCUUCGGUCAGGGUGCAGGAGCUCUGGCUCACUCCCAGUAAAGCCCGAAGCCUCGGCCCACGUGAGACCGAUAUCUGGUGCGCUCCGAUAACAUCGCUUCCAGGAUCCUUCAGUCACUAUCUUAUUUUACUCUGCUCUCUCACUUCAGCUACAGGCGACGAGGAACGACAGAAGCACACAGCUUUUUGUUUUUUAAUGUGUUGCAUUAGAAUCUAGUGUAUAAUUUUCUAGGUUCAAAAAGAUUUCAUGCUAAACAUUUAAAACAUACCGAAAGCUAACUCUGUUUGGAUGUGCAUAUUGUGUAUCUUUAAACCCAGUAGUUCACAGCGAGCAUUUUAGAGGAAAAGGGUAAAGAAUAAAACACUCAAAUUGUAAUAACAGAACUGAGCAAGUGCUGAAACAGUCCGUGUCGGUGAGUGGGAACAAAAUAAGAUCAACGUGUUUCAAGACUGACAGCUAUGAAGCCCUCCUUACCUCCUUACAUGCCAAAUGUUGUAAAUACCGUCUUAAAAUAUGCAUUAUCGCUGAGACACACAAUAAAUAUCACAACAACAAAAAACA